UAGUUAGAUCUGCGAGGGAGCACCUCCCAGUCCACACGCCAGCUGUCAGCUACAUGAACCAAUCAGAGGAGAGAAGGGAUGCACAUUUAAAGAGAAGGAAACCGUGAAGAGGAGGAGAGAGAGCUGCUGUGACCGUCUAGAAGUAGUUGUGAACGUUUUUAGGACAUACUAUUAGUGCUCCGGCUACGCUUAAAUGGCUUAAAACAAUCCUUUCUAUUUAUAACUCUGGAGACGUCUGUCCUUCCUUGAAGGUUGAACAUUGCUGGGUUUUAAAGUCGAUAACAAGUAAUGCUAGAAAUGCGUUUUCUUGGCAUUGUUUUGCUACUUGUAUGCGACUUCUCUCUGGGGGAUCCUGUUCCAGUAGAUACCAUCAUAGUGCAGGUCCAGCAGAGGGGAGUGGUGGGUACUCAGCGGGUCGUGGAACAGGUCCUUCUCAAUGGAGUCCCUUUUACUGGCAAAAGCCAGGAAGUUGACCGCAUUGUCCAAGACAUGUCAGUCUCUCCAACUCUUAUCAGUGUCAACCAGACUUCCAUCCUGAUAAACCACACUGUCCUUCGUUCUCGUGAAUGCAUACUGGAGGGGUCUAAGCUGCACUGGACCGACCGUGUGUUCUAUGAUGGGAAAGUCUAUCUGACUCUGGACCAUACUGACACAUGGACAGCCAACGUACCGGAAGCACUGGCCUUCAAAGUGUUGUGGGACCAGGAAGAGCAGCGCACAAAGACGGAGAGGACCAACCUUCAGGAGGGAUGCGUCAAGCUGAUGAGAGAACUGAGGCUUUCUGAGGAGAAAUCAGUUCCAGGGAUGCCCUUUCCUCAGAUUCUGAUCCCAUUCCUGGCGCUUCUGGUGUUAGCAGGACUAACCAUAAUCAGCCUCCUCCUUUCCAAAAAACAGGGUUGUAGGCACACUGGAGGUGUUCUUGGCUCGAUUGUACAUUACCCCAAAGACAUGACUGAAACAGCUCCACACAUAAAAGGCAGCGGUUACCAUAGCUUGUAAUUCAAAGCUCCAGCUGAGGAACAGGGUCACGUUUGAGCUUUCUACUGACUGAUGUAACACUUCCACUUCCUUCUGUGUACGGCCGGUGUUGCUCCAUGAAUGUAACCAAACCUUUGCUACAGUACCAAAAGCCCACUGGUCUGGAUUCCAAACUGCAUUAUUUUAUGCACUUUAAUGCAUGUUUCACACUUUACACUGGUGCUUUUAUUGCAUAUACUUUUAAUAUUCACACACACACACGCACACAUGCGCACACACAAAGAAAUGUAAACCUGUUCACUGCCAGCAGCAAUGUACAAGCUUCUUUUUUUGCACAAAUGAUAACUGUAAGGGCAGACAUUUCAUAAUUUCUGGACUAAGCUAUUCAAGUAAACAACUUAUGUGGAAAUAUAUACAAUAAAAAUGUCAAGCAUGUAGAGUAUCUAAAGCAAGAUAAUGUCACACAUUGUCUUACAGUCUGUAGAUAAAACCCUGCUGAAAUCAUGAAUGUUUUGUUUUGCCAUUGAUAGACCAAUCACACUGAACUCUGCCAAACACUGGAUGGACUACUGUAAGUUAUCCAAAGAGUCGUACUGGGCUGUGUUGUUGUUGGGUUUGAGGCCUACCGUCCUUAUGGAUUUUAUAUUUCUUUAUGAUAUUUUGUUAUGGCAGUCUAUAUGUUUUUCUCUAUUAUUUGUUCAUGUAAAAUUGAAAGAUAAUGUUUAAUUAAAGAUACUUAUGGAAUGUU